AUGCUCCUCCGAGGCGACUUCGUGCACUUCCCAAAGCUGGACAGCAUGGAGAUAUUCCAUGACCACUUGCUAGGCAAGACCUCGACAAACUCCUCUGGCUACAUCUACUACUUCUAUUCCGCUCGCACCAACCAAUCCCAGGCUCUCUUGGACGACACAUACGAGCCCGUCAUCACUGUACCUCAGGGCAGCUUCUUUGUCCCGACCUUCUGCGACCUCCACCUCCAUGCGCCGCAGUUCCUUUAUCAGGGCACGGGGCUCCAUCUGCCGCUCAUGAAAUGGCUCGACGAGUAUGCUUUCAAGGCAGAGGAGCGCAUCGAUGGGGAGCCUGAGCUUGCGCGGCGCGUGUACAAGCGCCUUGCCGAGCGCCUCGUGCAGAACGGGACGGGUGCCGUCCUGCUUUUCGGCACGAUCAAGGAGGAGACAAACAUCAUUCUUGCCGAAGCCAUGCAAAACGCAGGCCUGCGCGGUCUCGUCGGCAAGCUCUCCAUGGACAUAUCAACCCGUCCCACCUACACAGAGCACACCUCUGCCGAGGCCAUCGUCGCCGCAUCCUCGUUUCUCGACCGCAUGGCUGCACUGACUGCCGACCUCCCCCCACACAUGCGCCUCGUCGAACCCGUGCUCACGCCCCGCUUCGUGCCGACGUGCUCCGACGCGCUACUACACGGGCUCGGCGAGCUCGCCGCGCGCACCGGCGUCCGCGUGCAGAGCCACCUCGCAGAGGCGCGCGACGAAGUCGACUGGGUCCGCUCCGAGCGCGGCGUCGACGACAUCGACGUGUUCGACAAAGCCAAGCUGCUCGGCGAGCGCACGAUCCAGGCGCACUGCACGUUCCUCUCCCCGACCGACCUCGCGCGCCUCUCCGCGCGUGGCACCGCGCUUGCGCACUGCCCGCUUUCCAACGCGUAUUUCUCCGCGCAGCCGCUGCGCCUGCGGGAGGCGCUGCGUCGUGGCGUGCGCGUCGGGCUCGGAUCCGACGUCGCAGGUGGGUACAGCGCGGACGUGAUGUCCGCGAUGCGGUGGGCGGUGGGCGUGUCGCGCAUGCGGGAGGGUGUGAGGACGGAGCAGAUGCGUGCAAAGGGGCAGCAAGGAGAGGAGGUGGAUGAGGAGGUGAAGGUCGAUUGGAGGGAGGCGAUGUAUAUGGCUACAAGGGGAGGCGCGGAGGCGCUGGGUCUUGACUGCGGCGUGUUCAAGGUCGGCGCGCCAUUUGAUGCGCAGUGCAUCCAUCUGUUUGAUCCGCUCGCAGGGCGCGGCGUCGGCGCGCUGGAUUUCUUCGACAUCGAGGCGGGCGGCGCGCGGGAGCUGUCGGGGGAGAUGGUGGAGAAGUGGUGGUGUCUCGGGGACACGCGGAACCGAGUCGGGGUGUGGGUGCAAGGGCGGAAGAUAGGGCCUUGA